CAUUGAUAACGCGCUCCAUGCACGGGGGCGUGCGGCCUGCCCUCGCGCGCUCAGUCGAGGAUGUGGCGUUCUCCGCGCGGCGACUCACCGCGGCGCGUGCGAAUAUUGUGUUCAUUUAUCAGUAGACGCUCAUGACCCGUGCGCUGCCGACCGCCGCACCCCGGCCGAAAUGUUCUGUGAUCGUGUCAGUUAGUUAUCAAGUGUUAGUUAGUGAAGGGCGCGUGGUGUAUGGUGCACGAGACACGACGCGGGAUGCGCUCGUGCGAUGCUCUCGGUGAUCGCGAUGCGGCGGCCGGACGACGAGCAGCCGGGCGCUCGCGCCGACGACGACGAGUUCGUGGACAUCUCGCACAUGCAGCUGUUGGUCGAGGCGGGCCCCAGCGGCCUGCACUACGGGGGCCCCGCGCCGCCGCUGGCGCACCCGCAGCCCUACAUCACAGUACCGGCCCACUUGCCCGGGGCCCCGGCCUCCGCCACCGUCACCACAGCCGCCACAGCCUCUGUAGACGACCUGUUCGCGCUCUAUCUCACGCCAACAGGACAUGGCUCGCUGCCGGGCGAUGAGUUGUCGCUGGGCUGCUCGCCGCGGAGACACAAGCACGAGUCGUCACUGUCGCCGGGCGCACGCGCCGAGGACGCCAGCAAUGCGUCUAGUGCGAGCGCCUCGCUGUACGGGCCGCCCGGCAAGCGCGCGGCCUCACCCUCGCUGCAGUGGCUGCUGCCCUCCGGCGGCCCCAACAGCGUCGACAAGUACUUCCAGCAGGAGUACGAGGAGCGCGUCGAGCUGCUGCCGCCCGAGUGCCAGCCGGCCUACUGCGCGGCGCCGCAGCAGUGCCAGCCGCAGCACUGCGAGUACCGGCCGCAGCCGCAGCACUCGUGGGAGAGCCAGGAGUACGCCAGCGUGCCGCAGCCCGCGCCCGGGCCCUCCGGCCUGCCCAAGAGGGAGCCGUACCCCGCGCCGGCCAGCGACCGCCCCGUGCAGCUGGCCGAGUACAACCCGUCCACGAGCAAGGGCCACGAGAUCCUCUCGCAGGUGUACCAGCAGAGCGCGCAGCCCCUGCGGCUGGUGGCGGUCAAGCCGCGCAAGUACCCCAACCGGCCCAGCAAGACGCCCGUCCACGAGCGGCCCUACGCCUGCCCGGUCGAGGGCUGCGACCGACGGUUCUCGAGGUCGGACGAGUUGACGAGGCACAUCCGAAUACACACGGGGCAGAAGCCGUUCCAGUGUCGGAUAUGUAUGCGGUCCUUCAGUCGGUCGGAUCAUCUGACGACACAUGUCCGAACACACACGGGUGAGAAACCGUUCGCUUGUGAUGUCUGUGGCCGAAAAUUCGCGCGUUCGGAUGAAAAAAAGCGUCAUGCUAAAGUGCAUCUGAAGCAGCGGCUGAAACGCGAGCGAGGGGGCGGAGGCCCGAGCCAUCACCACGACUCGCUGUAGCACACGGGGACUGUCACCACCGCCGAGGACACGGCGCCGAGCACGACCCGGCCGCGGGACACUGGUGACGUCACGGGCGGCAGUGGCUCCUCCGAGCAAGAUAACUGAACUGUUAUAUCUUCACGUUGAAGUUAUAAAAUAAUUUCAUCGCCUAGGUGUUAAUCGUGUUUAACGAAGCUUUAUUAACUCUACAUUUGUGAAUUCAUUGAAAUUUAUAUAUCUUUUUAUACAUAUUUGUAAUUAUUAUGAUAGGAGGUUAUCGACUCGAUGUAUUUAUUUUGAUUAGAUAGGGUAAUUGAAUGAAAUAGACUGGGAUCAAACACAGACAAAGAGGAAUGGCCUACUCAAUAUUGUGUAUCAAUGUGUCUUUCCACGUAUUCGUUUCUCUUUGUAGAUCAUAAUAUAGAACGGUUAUCCGUGAUGGUGUCUAUGUAUUUGCUAUAUUCCAGUGCAGUAAGGAGCGCAAAUUAUAUCCGGUAAUCCAGUAAGAAUUUCAGGAUAUACCAUUGACUGGAAAUGAGUAUUUAACAUGUAUACGAUUGUCACAUCAAUUGAAAAUAUGGGUAGAAGUGAAAAGUUCGUUGGAUAGUUGCCGUUUAUAUUAUAUUAUUUGUGAAUUUAUAUUUUAACAACGCGUUUUCAAAUUAAAUAGUACCUUUUCUCAGUGUUAAUUUGUUAGAUAUAAUUAUAUAAUUUUAACGUUCUUACAAAACUAACGUGAAACUGUGCCAUUUAUUAACUUUACCACGUGCCACGGCAUUUUAAUACUAAGUAUAACAUGACUGUUAAAUAAUAAUGUUGUAUUAGCAUGUAGCUUCAUUUUGAUUUUCUAGUCGUAGUUAUGGGCGGGAGAGAAUCCAAUUCCGCCAUCAAACGAUUGUAUACUUCGCCUUUGUUUAGCCUCUCGCAUCUUUAAAACCCUUUUUUGUACAGAACUUGUACCGACAGCUCCUGCCUGUCUUUCCUUGCUCAAGAGUUUUAUUUAACAAAAUUUGCUCAAAACUUUUCGUUAAGGUGUUUCCUCUCUCUGUUUUCGCUAACUCAACACUUUUUCUUCCCAUUCAACACUUCCCCAGUGGCAUGUAUUAUUAAAUUACGUAAUUAGAGUAAUUCUAGCAAAUGUUUUAGUAGUAGAAUUUAAAUUAUGAUCUCUUAAUCACUUUUAAUUAUUUACAUGUAAAAGAUCCUUAUUUAUAAUACUCAUAAGUUUCUGAAUACAGAUCUAGUUGUAAUAAAUAGUAACAUACGUAUUUUUUUUCGGAUUAUAUUGCAUAAGCCUUGUGAGAAUGUCAACCAUAAUAUGACUCGAAUCGCUUAUUCAAUUAUUGGUCGUUUUCAAUAACCUAUCUACCCUUAGCUUAACUUACGGAUACAUUGCUGUCACCGUUUACUGACAAGAUCUUAUCUAUUCAUAGUUAUGUCCAAUAUAGGUACGGCCGUUCCCAAUAUUCAGUCUAUCUCAUACUUGAGAUAAAAAUCGUAACUACCGUUGACUUUUCUGUCCCAAUAAACUUAUCGAUGGUAACUCACCUUAUCCGUACACGCUGUCUGUCAAUUGGACGACGUAUAGCUUACCUGCGAUAGAAGUUUGUAUGGAAAUUUCAAUUCACGCGUCCCAAUAUAAGUCGAUAAGAAUGACUUAUCGGGUAUAUUGGGACAGCUUCAGAUUAUUGACUGUUAAUUACUGACAGUAGAAGGUAGUAAUUUAUCUGUAUCUGUAGAUAGUAUAUUGGGAACGGCCGUUAUAGUCCAAUGCUAUCUGUCAAUAAGCGUAAAAGGAUAGAUUUGUCUACGUCUAGUAAGUUAAACUAAGGAUAGAUAGGUUAUUGAAAACGGCCGUAAAUCCAGCCAUGGUUAUGUUUGUCAUAUGCAAUAAUGUAUGUUUUAAGCACAAAAUAUUGUAUAUUUCUUACGUGAAACUUGUUAAACACUUUAUCUCUCUAAAUGGUUGUUCACUAGUAAGUUUAUUUGUGUAAGUAUUUCACACAACUUGUUAAAUGUUAAUAACGCUUGAUCAAGGUGUUAAUUAUGAAAGUAAGUAUUUAGAUAAAGCGAACAUUCUGCAGAUCGAGGAGUGCUAUAUAUGAAACAGGGUGGGCUGUAUCGAAUGUUCGAUCUUUUCGUAUUUAGGAUUAUCUGACAAUAAUAUUACUAACUCUGCCACAGUUCAAUCUGAUACGAAGUAUUAAAAGAAUUAAAACAUAAUUAGCAUUCAUCACAUAGAGUAUUAAUUACAUAAAACAGCUUCAUUCUUGACGAAAUUGUAGUGAAUACAACGAUGAUGUGAUUCGCACUUCUUUUGAAUAGUAAGAACGGCUCUACGGUUUUUACUAUUUUUACUAUGGUAGGCGAGACGAAGUCUCUUAGACAUGGCUAGCGUAGGUAGGUAUAUGUGUAAUCAAUUUUAAAUCAUGUGUGACUAUCGAAACGGAGAAGACUAAAUUCUGACACUUUACAUAUUGUUGCAUCAUGUUAAACGUUAAUCAUUCUAGGUACAAGAAAAAUAAGCUUACGUCGGAUAGAAUCUUCCCGAACGCAAUGCAAGAUCGUUAUUAAUAUGUGUAGAUAUUAAAAUAUAACAAUUAUCACGCGUUUAACUAUGACUUAUAGCACCGUGGGCAGCGAAUCUUUGACAUCAGUAUAACAGUUUCGAGAAAUGUAUAUUGAAGUUUAUCGAGAAAAGCGUGUUCCUAUAUAAAAGAUUAAAAUGUUAGAUAUAUGUGUGAGUUAUGACAUUGCUUAGUUUCGAACGCUGGGCACUGAAGAGCGUUCUUAGACUUCGCUCAGACUAAAGUCUGUAGCUUAAAUACGUAAAACAUACUUACGUAAACGUUAGCUGACUAUAAGCUUAGCAUAAUCUUUGAUUACAGUUUUUCGAAGCUAAGACAGCCCAAUGCAGAAAUCAAGUUCACGUUUUAUCACACCCAACUUAGUUUUACGGUAUUAGUCUAAGCACAGUCUAAGUACCAGCGCUCUAUUAGUCCCAGACUAAGUCAUGACCGAAAUCUGUUAGGAGUUACUGUUUUUCAUAAAUGUUUUUCUCGUAAUUUUGUAAUUUCUCUUGUUAGUGACAGCUAUAAGAAUAACUUUUAUUGAAACCCAGAUAUGGUAAUGAAAUCUAGACUAACUUUAAGAGAUAUGUUAUUAUUGCAUAGUAUUUGAUCAGGGAAUGUUCAUUGUUGUUCUGUCUGUCUGUUUUUGAUUGUUUGGUGCUGCAAGACUAUAUAUUAUAACCUAGCACUGCUGUCAGCGUCAUGUCAGAGUUCUAUGUUUCGUUCAUUGGGUAACUAAGUUCACUCUAGUGGCGAGACGUCUUACAAACUUCAUGAUGUUCACCAUGUGAAUGUGUACGAAUUUUAACAAUUAAAAUUUAGUCUGCGUUUCAUUUGAAUGGAAGUUGUUGAUGUUCUUAGCAUAGAUAGCUUUAAGUCAUAAGUAUUGUUAAAUUUCUUCUAAUUUUUACUAAAAUCUAUUUAAUAUAUUUGUAAAUACACCGACUAAAUUUGAUUUAAUGUGUAUAUAAGAAAAGAGAAAUUUUUAUUUAAUAUAAAAUCACCUAAGGUGCAAAAAUACAAAUUGUUGAAAACUUGAAA